AUGUGGGCUGAUACAUUACUGAUUGUGUUCAUUUCAAUCUGCACAGCUUUGCUUGGAGAAGGAUUAACAUGGUUGAUGGUGUACCGUACAGAAAAAUAUCGAAGAUUGAAAACAGAAGUGGAGAAACAGAGCAAGAAAUUGGAAAAACGUAAGGAAACCCACGAAGAUUCGUUAGAUAAACAACAUAAAAAGAAGAAAGAACGAGAAGAGGAGAGGUUGAAAAACAAUAAUAGUGAUCUGUCUUUUGUAAAAAUGAAGUCGAUGUUUGCUAUUGUUUUGCAUUUACCAAGGCACUUCAUGCUUUUCUGGAAUAACUAG